AUGGAGGAAUCAUCGCAGCAGCAGAAUCCAGGCACAAAGCUGCUGGAGAAUAUCGUAGAGGCCGCCAAGAAGGCUUUUGAUCCCACUACAGCGCCUGAAGUCCGAAGAUCGGAGCUUGAAGCAUACAAUGAACUCAUUGCUAAGACAGAAACGUGGAUUCUCCUGCCCGUCUUGAACUCCCUGAUCAAACCAGGCAUACUGCCAACAUGGCUUCGGGAACCAUUGUUGCAGGCUUUGGCAGUGCUGCCCUUGCGGCCCGACGGCGUCCGCGGUACCAUGGAGUUCGUGUUCUCGGUCCAUCCCAGCAAUCAUGGAGCCGCACCAGUUACCCAGAAGCCGCAGAAGGACGGUGCGAGCAUAACACACGAGGCUGUUGCUGUUGCCAGCAGACUUCUUUCGGCUGUUCCGGCUCCCCUAAGCCCUCAGGAAUGGUACGAUGGCAUUGCCCCUCAGCUGUUCGGCCUUUUCGACGGCGACGCAGGCCAGGAUUUGGCCAAGACGGCAGCCCAGAUAGUUGGCUUUGGAAUCUUGGGCAGGAAACAAAUCGGUGCUCCGGGAAAGCCAGGGUGGAACAGCUUCGUUCAGCCCCUCAUUGAGCAGAUCAAUCCAUCACUCACCAAUGCCCCAAAGCAGAAGGAUUCCCAGCAUGGAGACGAGACAGGUUAUGAAAUCGUCGACUUGACCACAAACAAAACGCUUGUCCCCGGGCAGCAUCUUGCGAUGGCUCUUGGACGGUUAACAACCCUGCUAUUUUCGAACCCAUCUCCAGGGCUCUGCAAGCGUGUAUUGAACCCAAUUGUAGUACAACUCUGGGCUCUUGCCUCUGUUGCUCAUCCAUCAGAACGCAUCGCUCAGGACUUCUGUUCUCCGGCGGAAAAGCUUGUACAAACAUACUUGAAACUAUUUGGCAAGACAGAGAAUGUGCUUCCCAUAAUUCACGGCAUUCUUUGCGAGGGAUCUGUGCACGGCGUCAAUCCCUGGCAAUAUAGGUUGGCCGCUAAUGGUACCAUCGACAUCAUUGGUUUGACCAAGGAAGAAGAGUUGAAUUAUGGGACCAGCUUUGCGGAAAUAGAGCCGAGGGCUGAAAAACUUGCGCGAUUAAUAGCAGUCUCUUUCUCUAAUGAGGAAAUUUCCCGCCUGUUUCUUUUCCUCUUACGACGAUGGAUCCAAUCAAAGCAGCAACGAAUCGAAGUGAAUAUUGAAUCGAGACCUACCGACGAUGCAAUCGGUUCGCCUAUUGGGAAACUCGCAGAAGUCGCCGUUCUGCAGAAGCUAAUGGAGGUGGCCCCGGACCAGCUCGUUACUCACUUCAACCAGCUCAUGGAUGUAAUAUGCCAGGUCCUAACGGGGGACGAACGCUCACCGCUCGGGAGUGAUGCUGUAUCAGUCGUACUUAGCCUACUCAACUUGGUCAUUACCGCCACAGGCUUUCAUCGUUCAGAUAUCCGGCCUCAAGACUUGAAAGUCAUUGAGGCUUCCCUGCAAAGACUAUGCUGUUCAGACGACGAAGAAGUGUCAGGGACUUCAAGGAAUCUGCAAAUGCUGCUGAGAUACCGGGGCGAAGUCGAGUCAAUGUCAUACAGCCCGGUCUCUGUUCCCUCUGUCCGCCAAAUUGAGGACAGGAGAGUCUACAACCUGGCCAUGAAUUACAUCACAGGAGAUGCAGAGAGCCCGCCACCAGUGGUUUCAGAAGGACUUGACUUGCUCUCAACCUUGAUAUUGGCCGAAAGCCCCGCCUUGGACAUCAACGCCGUCACCGUUUUGAUGUCCGGCCUGCUCAAGAGCAACGAAGAUUACAUAAACCUGAGAGUUAUCAAGGUGUUUACGCAACUGGCAAACAGACACCCUAAAUCGACAACUCAAGAAAUUCUUGACAAUUAUUUGGAUCCUCAGGAAUGCUCCACAACUGACACUCGGCUAAGGUUUGGAGAGGCGCUGCUACAAGUUGUGGAACGGCUCGGGGAAACUUUCUCUGGUGAGGUGGCUCAGCGAACAGGAGAGGCGCUACUUUCGAUAGCGGGUCGGCGUGGAAUGAGGGCAAAAACUAUGGCGAAGCAAGCUCGUGAGGAGAGGCUGGCCAAGCUUAAGAGAGAGAAGUCAUUGCGGGAUGAGGAUGCCGAUAGUGACGAGGACCCCAACGAUGAUGAGGAACUUGCAAAGGUGGAAAAGAUCAACAAUGAGAUUCUGUCCCAAAUUCUUCAAGGAUGGGAGAGCAAACGUGGCAGCGAAGACGUUCGCAUGAGGACAUCAGCAUUGUCUAUUUUCGGGAGCGCUUUGGAAAGCAAUAUCGUGGGCGUUGGGUCUCUGCUCGUAUCCAACGCAGUUGAUCUCUGCGUCAACAUUCUUACUUUGGAGAGGGGGCUUGAGUACGGCAUCCUUCGCCGGGCAGCGAUUCUGGUCAUUCUUGGGGUUGUUCGCGCCAUGCACCAAGCAAAGGAAAGCGGCCGGUCCCUCGGUUUUGGACUCACAGAGUCGAGCCGGAAAGACAUUCAACGGACGCUCAGCUACGUUGCGGACACGGACAAUGACGGCCUUGUUCAGCAACAUGCUCGGGACGUGGUGGAAAGUGUGCAAAGCUGGCAUGUUGGGACUCUGCUAUCUCAGCAGGCGGCAACAAGCCCUAGCCUCUCGCGGUUGGAAGGGCUGGCCCUGAACCCUGGGCGAGGAGGCAUCGGUCGACCACGGCCCCAAAUUGAAGAAGUAGAAUGA